ACAACAUUAUUCAAAUCAUUCACAAACUCCUUCUUUCCUUUCUCUAAAACACCAUGAAAGCAUCACCAUUUCUAUGGCCCAAAAAACUCACCUUUUCUUUUCUUUAGUUUUUUUCAUGUCCCUCUGUUUUCCACUCAUUUCUUGUCUUUCAACCAUUGCCAUUUCAAAAACAUCUAACCAAACACUGGUUUGUGCAUUGAUUUCCAACUCAUCAUCUCCUCGAGAAUCAUCUCUCAAUUGUACUAGCUUUCCUCAGGGAAUUCAAAUCCCUUUAAAUCCUUCCAUUUCCUUCACUGGUAUUGUUGGUGGAAAUGGUUUCCUUUGUGGUUUGAGUUCAUCUGAGACUUCAAUUAUGGUGUGUUGGAGAUUCUCAAACAAUGGUACAAACUUGACUUACAAAAGGAUUUAUGUUGGUCCAUUGCUGACAAAUCUUGAUUCCGGGAAUUCCCACAUUUGUGGAAUUGUUAACGGAACCAGUAAUCUUCAAUGUUGGCAGUGGCAUGAACUUAAUUCAUCAAACAAUAGCAACAUCACUUCAAAUCUUGCUGUUGGACAAGAUUUUGUUUGUGGUUUGAAGCCAUUUGGUCAAAUACAAUGUCUAGGUAGCUUCAUAAAUGUCACUGAUGCUAAUGCUAUUCCCUCAGGGAAUUAUAGAGAAAUUGCAGCUGGUUCUCAACAUGUUUGUGCCAUUUCCAACAAUGGUAGCUUGUCUUGUUGGGGAAAUAUAGUAGGAGAAAAACCUGUUGGCCUAUUCAAGUCACUUGCUUUAGGUGAUAACAGGAGUUGUGCUUUGAGGAAUAAUGGGGCAGUUGUUUGUUGGGGAGAAAAUGGUUUUAGUCUCCCUUCAUCUUUGAGUGAGACGUUUUUUGAAAGAUUGGUGGCGAAACAGGAUGUUUUCUGUGGCAUUUUGACAUCAAAUUUUUCCUUGUUCUGUUGGGGCAAUGGUAUUUUCAAUUCAAAUCCAGCAGUGUUUGAUGGUGUAGAAGUAGUUCCGGGACCAUGUAUACGUAACACUUCAUGUCCUUGUUCACCUUUACCUAACUAUGCUAGGUUUUGUGAUCAAGGACUAAUGAUAUGUUCACCUUGUUCCCCAAUUGUUAACGGGUCGGGUCCUUCACCACCUCCGUUAUCCCCACAGCCAAUGCUACCACCCACGCCAUCUCAGUCGACUGGAAGAAGUGAUCUAUGGAAUAGGAGAAAUGUGGCCUUUCUAGUGGUAGGUUGUGUUGGGUCCUUAAUGACUUUGAGUGUCCUUAUUAUCUUGUUUCUCAAGUAUUGCAAGAUUAGAGGAUGCAGAGUACAUGACUCUGGCCGCCUUGAUGAGUCUGGGGUGGGGACACCGCCCCAGCAAGGCAGCCAGACAUCUCAAGUUCAAGAUCAAUUGGGUCCUCAUCAGACACCAGUCUUGGAAAAAAGACUAAGUCAAUUGUUUAGUAUGGGAACUGGGGGUCACUUAGAAGAAUUUUCCUUGCAAGUGUUGCUUCAAGCGACGAAUAAUUUCUCGGAUGAGCACAAAGUUGGGACUGGAAGUUUCGGUUCUGUUUAUUGUGCUACGUUAGAAGACGGACGCGAAGUAGCCAUAAAAAGGGCAGAAGCAUCAGCAUCAUCUUCCUAUGCUGGUGGCACAAAGUAUAGACAAGAGGACAAGGAUAGUGCAUUCCUCAAUGAGUUAGAGUUCUUAUCUCGCCUCAAUCACAAAAACCUUGUUAGGCUAUUAGGCUAUUGUGAAGAUAGCAAUGAACGUGUCUUGAUUUUUGAGUACAUGAAUAAUGGCACUCUCCAUGACCAUCUCCACAGGCUUGAAACCUCACCACUAACGUCAUGGACUGCUCGAAUCAAGGUGGCAUUGGAUGCGGCCCGUGGGGUUGAGUACCUCCAUGAGUACGCUGUGCCAGCUGUCAUCCACCGAGACAUCAAGUCGUCCAACGUAUUGCUGGACACCAAUUUGAACGCCAAGGUGUCCGACUUCGGACUAUCCCUAAUGGGCCCACAAGACGAUGAAACACACCUUUCUUUGCGUGCAGCGGGUACGGUCGGUUACAUGGACCCCGAGUACUACAGACUGCAACAAUUGACGACGAAAAGUGAUGUGUACAGUUUCGGAGUAAUGAUGCUAGAGUUGUUGUCAGGGUACAAGGCAAUUCACAAGAACGAGAAUGGUGUACCAAGAAAUGUGGUUGAUUUUGUUGUGCCAUACAUAGUACAAGAUGAGAUUCAUAGGGUGUUGGAUCGUAGAGUACCUCCACCAACACCAUUUGAGAUUGAGGCAGUGUCAUAUGUAGGUUAUCUUGCAGCUGAUUGUACUGCAUUAGAAGGUAGAGAUAGACCAAAAAUGACAGAAAUUGUAAAUAGCCUAGAAAGAGCCUUGCAAGCAUGUUUGGCCACUCCAAAUUUUUCUAGGUCCAACACUGAUUCAUCAACAUAGUCAUCAUUGCUUGGCUUGUGUAUAAUAUUGUAAUUACAAAAUUUUCCCUCA